CGGGCGGGGAAAGAUGCAGCCCGGCGGCGGAGGGCCCGGCCGGCCCGGUCACAUGCCGAGCCCGUGAGCCGCGGACGGAGCCAGCCAGACCCGCGCCCCCUCCCCGGGCCAUGUCCACCGAGAGCUCCCCGCUGCUCAGCUACCGGCUCUUUCGGGUCUCGGGGGAGGCGGAGAUGGCGGGGGUCGGCCAGGAGGAGGCGCCCCUGGUGGUGGGCUCGGGCUCCGGCGGCGGCGGCGCCCCCGACCCGGCCCGCCAGCUCUCCACCUUCUUCGGGGUGGUCGUGCCCACCGUCCUCUCCAUGUUCAGCAUCGUGGUCUUCAUGCGAGUCGGGUUCGUGGUGGGCCACGCGGGGUUCCUGCAGUCGCUCCUGAUGCUGGUGGUCGCCUAUCUCAUCAUCUCCCUCACCGUCCUCUCCGUCUGCGCCAUCUCCACCAACGGAGCCGUCCAGGCUGGGGGGGCUUACUUCAUGAUCAGCCGGACUCUGGGCCCCGAGUUCGGGGGGAGCAUCGGCCUCAUGUUCUACCUGGCCAACGUCUGUGCCUGCGGCGUCUACGUCCUUGGGCUGGUAGAAGCCAUUCUGGACGUCUUCGGAGCAGACGGAUCAGAGCCAGCGGGCCUGAAGACCCUCCCCCAGGGCUACCUCUACAGCUUCCUCUACAGCUCCCUGGUGCUGCUGGUGUGCCUGCUGGUGUGCCUGGUGGGGGCCCAGAUCUACUCCCGGGCGGCUUUCUUCAUCUUCCUCCUGGUCAACCUGGUCCUGGUCACCAUCUUCGUCAGCUUCUUCACCGUCUCCCCGAGGGAGAUCGCCGUCUCCCACGGCGGCAACCAGACUUUCAACGCCUCCUUCACCGGCUUCAACAUCUCCACCCUCAGGGACAACCUGUAUGCCAUGUACUCGCGGGACUACACAACCAACAACAUGAUGUCCUUUGCCACCGUCUUUGCCGUCAUGUUCAACGGCUGCACCGGGAUCAUGGCCGGCUCCAACAUGUCAGGGGAGCUGAAGAACGCCAGCGCCUCCAUCCCCAAGGGGACCAUCGUGGCCGUCCUGUAUACCUUCAUCAUCUACUUCUUCCUUUUCUUCAUGACCGGCUUCACCUGCGAGAGGGCCCUCCUGAAAGGCGACUACGGCUUCUUCCGCUCCAUCAACAUUUGGCCGCCCUUCGUGCUGAUGGGCAUCUACUCCGCCUCGCUUUCGGCUUCCAUGAGCAACCUGAUUGGCGCUUCCCGCAUCCUCCACGCCUUGGCCAAGGAUGACCUGUUCGGUGUUGUCCUGGCUCCGGCCAAGAUUGUCUCCAGAGGAGGCAACCCCUGGGUGGCCGUCCUCUACACCUGGGGCCUCGCACAGCUGGUGCUCCUGGUGGGGAAACUCAACACCAUCGCUGGCAUCGUCACCGUCUUCUACCUGGUCGCCUAUGCCGCCGUUGACCUGGCCUGCCUGGCGCUCGAGUGGGCCUCCGCCCCCAACUUCCGCCCCACCUUCCAGCUCUUCUCUUGGCACACCUGUCUUCUUGGCAUCGUCUCCUGCCUGGUGAUGAUGUUCCUGAUCAGCCCGGCGGGGGCCUCGGGGAGCCUGGGGCUGAUGCUCCUCCUGCUGGGCUUCAUCCACCUCCGCUCGGCCGCCUCUUCCUGGGGCUACAUCAGCCAGGCGCUCAUCUUCCACCAGGUCCGGAAGUACCUGUUGCUCCUUGACAUCCGGAAGGACCACGUCAAAUUCUGGCGCCCGCAGAUCUUGCUGAUGGUGGCCAACCCUCGGGGGGGAUCCCAGCUGAUGAGGUUCAUCAACCACCUGAAGAAAGGGGGCCUCUUCGUCCUGGGCCACGUGGAGAUCGGGGACCUGGAUACGAUGCCCUCCGACCCCAUCCAGGCUCACUACAACUUCUGGCUCAGCCUGGUGGACAAACUCAGCAUCAAGGCCUUCGUGGACCUCACCCUGUCGCCCUCCGUCCGCCAGGGGACGCAGCACCUGCUCCGGAUUACGGGCCUGGGCGGGAUGAAACCCAACACGCUGGUCCUCGGUUUCUAUGACGACUGCGUGCCUGAGGAUUACUUCCUGCAGGACCCGGCCUUCAGCCAAGCCCGGGAGAACGACGAGUUCGGGGUGGACCUGGCGGCCCUGCAAGCCCACUUCCCCCCCGUGCGGGUGACGGCCAACCAGCGGGCCCUGAAGCCCUCCGAGUACGUGGCCAUCGUCUCGGACGCGGUGAAGAUGCACAAGAACGUGUGCCUGGCCCGCUACUUCCACCUGCUGGACAAGGACCUGCUCUCCUCUUCGGCCUCCAAGAGGCGCCUGGAAGGCCGCUACAUCGACGUCUGGCCCCUCAACCUCCUGCGCCCCGACACGCCCACCUACGUGGACAUCUGCAGCCUCUUCCUCCUCCAGAUGGCCUGCAUCCUCACCAUGGUCAGCUCCUGGAAGGGGGCCCGGCUGCGACUCUUCAUCUGCGUGGAGUCGGGGGACGGCGGCUGGGUGAGCAAGGAGGAGAAGCUGCGGGAGCUGCUGACCAAGCUGAGGAUUAAAGCCACCAUCAAGAUCGUGACCUGGGACCAAGUGGCCAGCUGCCAGAGCCACCCGCCGCCUCCGGGCACCGGGGGGCCGAGCUCCGUUGAGGUUCAGGCUCCCCCGGAGGCUCUCCCCAAGGAGAAGCGCUCGGGGGAAACCUUCCUGAACGCGGCCACCUUCCGUGUGACGGACGAGUACUUGGCUUCGGUCAACGAGCUUCUGCGGAAGCAAGGCGGUCAGACGGCCGUGCGGUUCCUCUACCUGCCACGUCCCCCCGCCGACACCUCUCAGUACGAGCGCUACCUGGAGCAGCUGGAGAUUCUCACCACCGACCUGGGGCCCACGCUGCUGAUCCACGGGCUGACCCCCGUCACAUGCACCGAACUGUAAGUGGCCGCCAGCGGGCCCUGCAUUCGUGGCCGGCAGCGACUCUAAAACGCCUUGUCGCCAAUGAACAAAACGUGCCUUUGUCUCUGGAGUGGGGGAGUGGAGAAAUGAGGAGGAAGCCGGGCCGAGCACGGCUGGGCUGAAGACGUCGGGGGAGAAGGGGACAUUUGGGGCAGCUGAGAAGGCCUGCCGAAUCAGGAGAGGAGGAACAAGGGCUGAGUUCUGCAGGACACAAAUGUCUUCCACUAUUUCGGGACACUUUUCGUCUUAAUGGACCUGAGGGUCCCAGCCGGGAGAUCUUCCUAUAUCCCUGGAGGCCCGAGGGCUUCUUCUCAGCUCUCCCCCAGAUUUCCAGAGCUGGAAAUUAUUUCCUCAUCCGUUUCCUUGUGCGAGAAGGCCCGAGAGGACAAGCGGGCACCGAUAUUCGGGUGAAGGAAACGUCUUCCAACCCCUUUGGAUUUCAAGGUGAUUUUAUCCUCAACCAGAGGUCUGUGCUGGCUUGGCCAAGGCUACCGGCCUCCCCAGGUGUGGAAUUACAACGCCCAUCCCUCAUCGCUGGCCACUCGAGGGUGGCUGCAUUGGCGGGAACGAUGGGAUUUGCGGCGCGGCUAUACCAAGAAGUGCAUUCGGUGUCAUUGGGGAACCGUUUGGAUGGGGGGACGUUGCGUGAAGCUUCCGAUUUGAGUUUGAGGUGGGUCGUUUCUGGGCGUGUUUUGAACCCAGGACAGCCCUGCCUCUGGCUCGCACAUCUUUGUGUUCCGAGUGGUUGAAACAACCCCUUUUCAGAGGCCUUGAGCGAAAGCAGCCACCCCUCCUUCAGCUGGAGCAGAACAGGUGGUUUGAGGGGAGAGCCUCUUUGCACCCCAGUUCUCCCCCUCCCUCCAUGGAGGUCAAGGUUAAAGCGCCUUUGCCCCCCCCCCCCCCCAAGCCCUGGCUGGGGUCUCCACCCAUGCCAUUAGCAUAGCGGAUUAGAAAUGAAAACACGCUUAACAAAAAGGGAGUUUUUAACUUCGUUCCUGCAAGCAAUGCUUCUACUAACCACUAACUGGCCCCGGAAUCAGCUGCCUCCCAAGCCGGGGACAGGGGGGCACCUGGGAAAACCGGGUGCAGGGAUGGAAAGGGGGAGGGUCGUCAAGGGAGUCCCAGCACCAACAGGGAGGGGAGGGGGAGAGAGCAGCUGCUCCUGCGGA